GUUGUGAGAAGGGAUCAGGAGCUCUUUCCUUCCGGACGUCCUCUUCCCAUUUGACCUCAUUUAAUCGAGUAUAAAAAUUGACCAUAUCCUCUCUUGCGCGCAUUCUGUGGUUCUGAACUUCUCCUUGACAAUUCAAUUCAUCAAAGUGUCGAAAUCCAAUCGCUAGCGCAACCGGAUCAACAUAGUGGAGCCACCCAUUCAAAGGUUCCAUGUGAAUCACAUCACGACAUUGCAAAGUUCAGAUCACAUCUUUUUCACAGGAUCAAUCACACACCUCACAAGUUUCCCAUUCCAACCCCCCACCACCUCAAAAAUGGCCGACACCUUCGUCAGCGACUUCCAAGUCCGCUCCCAAGCCGGCGAAGCCUGCGCCUCUGUCUCCGUCCGCAACCUGCAAACAAACCUCUACGCCGCCUCCGACGCCUGGGGGCGCAAAUGCGCCGUCGCUCCCCAACCAUGCCUCAUCUCCGCCGAGGUCCACUUCAAGCAGCCGUUCGGGACCGCAGCCGCCAACGACCAGCUCGGCGCCGACACGGUGCACUACGGCAACCUGAGCAAGGCGAUUCUGGAGCGGAUGAAGCGGUUCACGGCGCCGAGGGAGCAUAACAGUGUGCAAGACAGCAACUUCACGCUGGCGUACGUCAUUCAUGAUCUGUGGGUUGGGUUGACGGGGUGGGCCCACUUUGGCUCGGUGAAGGAGGAGGAGAAGCCGUUCCUGGAUAUUUCGACCAUCAGGUUUCUGUCGCUUACGGUGACGCUUCCCAAGGCGUCGUUGUUGGGCGAUGGAGUGAGCAUGACGUGCAGUCAGUUCUUCAAGAAUGGGCCGGGCGAGAAGAUGAGGGAGAACCUCAUUAGUGCGUCGUUGAAGAUUCAUAACCUCAAGGUGCCGACUUUGGUGGGUGUGAACCCCCAUGAGAGACGGGCCAAGCAGUUUGUUGUUACAAGUGUGAAUGUGGAGAGGUACUUCCGUGAGGAUGAUUAUUACCCAGAGCUUGAGGCUGUUGUUGUCAAGGCUCUUGAGGAGUCCUCCUAUGAGACUCUAGAAGCUCUCGGCGCUCAUUUGGCUGAAAAGAUCCUCGAGCCGGAUCACAUGAAAGACCACACAAAGUGGCAGGUACACAUUCGGAUGGAGAAGCCCACCGCAGUGCCUCUGGCCGACUGCCCUAUUGUCGAGGUGCGCGCUGGUUACGGUUUUCCCGCACCCGGAAGGCCAAAUGCCAGCUAGAGGUACGGAACUUUCAGAUGACAGCGGUUGCGGGUUUAUUUCAGAGCCCUGGGCCUUUAUGAAGCCGGUUUUGUUGGUUGUUGAAAAGGUUGGCGGUUUUUGUUCGUUAUUUCGUCUGUAUGAUACCAAGGGGGACAUCA